ACUCCUCCCGGUUAUUACGCCUUCCGUACAAAUACUAGCAUCGCGGGAUUUUCAGGAUCAUUCCCGCUUUCUCUGCCUGAUAGAGUGGAUAGUCUGCAGCCAGCCACACGUUUUCUUAACGUGGAGAAGUUUAUCUUAUAGCUGGAGUCCCGUUACAUCUGCUCAACAUGCAUGUUAUCAAACGAGAUGGACGCCAGGAGCGCGUCAUGUUCGAUAAAAUCACCUCUCGCAUCCAGAAGCUAUGUUAUGGACUGAAUCCUGACUUUGUGGACCCGGCUCAAAUCACGAUGAAGGUGAUCAAGGGUUUGUACAGUGGUGUCACCACUGUGGAGCUCGACACACUGGCCGCAGAGAUCGCCGCUACACUCACUACCCAACACCCUGACUAUGCCAUUCUCGCUGCACGGAUCGCUGUUUCUAAUCUGCACAAAGAGACAAAGAAGGUGUUCAGUGAGGUGAUGGAGGAUCUGUACAACUACAUCAACCCCUUAAACAAGCGGCACUCGCCCAUGAUCUCUAAGGAGACCCUCGACAUUGUUCUUGAGAAUAAAGACCGCCUCAACUCAGCCAUAAUUUAUGACAGAGAUUUCUCCUACAACUUCUUUGGUUUCAAGACUCUGGAACGAUCGUACCUGCUCAAAAUCAGCGGCAAAGUGGCUGAGCGUCCACAGCACAUGCUCAUGAGAGUGGCUGUUGGAAUCCAUGGAAAAGAUAUUGAUGCAGCCAUUGAAACCUACAACUUGCUGUCAGAGAAAUGGUUCACUCAUGCUUCUCCUACACUCUUUAACGCAGGAACCAACAGGCCACAGCUGUCCAGCUGCUUCCUUCUUGCCAUGAAGGACGACAGCAUUGAUGGCAUUUAUGACACUCUGAAACAGUGUGCCCUCAUCUCCAAAUCUGCAGGAGGAAUUGGUGUUGCUGUCAGCUGCAUCAGAUCAACAGGAAGCUACAUUGCAGGUACUAAUGGCAACUCCAAUGGCCUGGUCCCGAUGCUGAGAGUUUACAACAACACGGCACGUUAUGUUGACCAGGGCGGCAACAAGAGGCCAGGAGCAUUCGCCAUGUACCUGGAGCCGUGGCACUUUGAUGUGUUUGAUUUCCUUGAACUGAAGAAGAACACGGGAAAGGAGGAGCAAAGGGCCCGAGACCUUUUCUAUGCCCUGUGGAUCCCCGACCUGUUCAUGAAGAGGGUGGAGACUAACAAGGACUGGUCUCUGAUGUGUCCAAAUGAGUGCCCUGGGCUGGACGAGUGCUGGGGGGAGGAGUUUGAGAAGCUGUACACCAAGUAUGAGCAGGAGGGCAGAGUGAAGCGUGUAGUGAAAGCUCAGCAGCUGUGGCACGCCAUUAUCGAGUCCCAGACCGAGACUGGGACACCAUACAUGUUGUACAAGGAUGCCUGCAACAGAAAGAGCAACCAGCAAAACCUGGGAACCAUCAAAUGCAGCAACCUGUGCACAGAGAUCGUGGAGUACACAAGCGAGGACGAGGUUGCGGUCUGUAACCUGGCCUCCAUCGCUCUCAACAUGUACGUCACUCCUGAACGGACUUUUGACUUUAAGAAACUCGUAGAUGUCACCAAAGUAAUUGUUAAAAACCUGAACAAGAUCAUUGAAAUCAACUACUACCCCGUUAAGGAAGCAGAGAACUCAAACCGGCGUCACAGACCUAUCGGGAUCGGCGUCCAGGGUUUGGCAGAUGCUUUCAUCCUGAUGCGUUAUCCCUUUGAAAGCCCAGAGGCUCAGCUGCUCAACAUCCAGAUUUUUGAGACCAUCUACUAUGCCGCGCUGGAGGCGAGCUGCGAACUGGCGGAGAAAUAUGGCGCCUAUGAGACAUACCAAGGUUCUCCGGUCAGCAAGGGGAUCCUCCAGUUCGACAUGUGGGAGAAGACGCCCACAGACCUGUGGGACUGGACAGCACUGAAGGAGAAGAUUGCCAAGCAUGGCGUUAGGAACAGCCUGCUGCUUGCCCCGAUGCCCACUGCCUCCACCGCCCAGAUCCUCGGCAACAAUGAGUCCAUUGAGGCCUACACCAGCAACAUCUACACCCGCAGGGUCCUGUCUGGAGAGUUCCAGAUCGUAAACCCUCACCUGCUCAAAGAUCUGACGGAGAGAGGACUCUGGGACGAGGAGAUGAAGAACCAGCUGAUCGCUCACAACGGUUCCAUUCAGAACAUUGCUGCAAUUCCAGAUGAUCUGAAGCAGCUUUAUAAAACAGUCUGGGAAAUCUCCCAGAAGACCAUAAUCAAGAUGGCGGCAGACCGCGGCGCCUACAUUGACCAGAGUCAGUCCCUGAACAUCCACAUCGCAGAGCCAAACUAUGGUAAACUGACCAGCAUGCACUUCUACGGCUGGAAACAGGGUCUGAAGACGGGGAUGUACUACCUGAGGACGAAGCCAGCCGCCAACCCCAUCCAGUUCACCUUGAACAAGGAGAAGCUGAAGGAGUCGCAGCCAACCAAAGCCUCAGAGCAGGAGAUCAAGGAGCGCAACACCGCUGCCAUGGUGUGUUCUCUGGAGAACAGAGACGAGUGCCUCAUGUGUGGAUCUUAAAGUCUAUUAAUUCACCUGUUGUGCUUGAACAUCAGUUCUGAUGCUCUUUAGAGUCACUGUGUUACACAUGAAACUUGAGCAUUUGAUUAAUUAAUGCACUGUUCACAUUGUAUAUGAAUAAUUUUAUUAACAAAGUGUCAUCUUAUGUCAACGGGACGCACAAAAUAAAAUGUACUAAAGGAUCUAUUUUAUGUAGAAAUAAAGCUUUGUAACAAUA